GCGUGUGUGUGUGUGUGUGUGUGUGUUAAAGACAGCACAUAGUUCAGAAGAUGUGAUGCUGAGAAGAUAAACGAGGAUUUCCUUCCAAGAAAGAAGGAAAAAGAAAAUUUGACAUAUUUUCCAAACAGAAGAAACUCUGAGAUGAUUGCUGCUGAUUUCCAAAGCCCGAAUCUGUGGAAGAGGGUUUAUUUCCACAACACCACCUUUCAUCAUGCAGUCAUCUAUACUAAUUUGGAACCAUAUUGAAAUGAACCCCAUCCAUCAUGACACCCAACAGCCUAGCAAGCAUCCAGCUAGCUGAAACACGAGUGGGAAGAAUUUCCUUUAUUGAAGUUUAUCCGUCAUAAACCAUGAGGCUGCUCUGCUUCUGCCACUUCAGAUCCUAUUCUGUUGAGAUGAAACCACAAAGGUGACUGAUUAGGUGUUAACUGGAUGGAGCAUCUAGCUGGGCUUUGCCUGGCCUGGUCAGGUCUUUCUGGUGUAGAAAGUCCACAGUUAGCUCCCCUUGCUCUUCACCAUCGAGCACCAAAGCUUCUCAUGAAACACUUGUGUUUUUCAUCAUGAUAGUAGUUAAUCAGGGUCCUGGGUUAAGAGCUGUGGUUGUGUAUCCAUUUUGUGCACACGGGUGUGGGUUUGGUUUUUCCCUAACCCAUCACAACAUCUGUGUCAUGCUGUGUGAUAGAGUUGUGCCAGUACAGGACCUAGGUCGCAGUGGAAAGGUGGACAGACUACAGUCUUCAAUGAGAUACCAGAGCCGUGUCCAGGACUAUUAAAAUGGGGUGGCCCAUGUGGGGCACUUGUUUAUUUAUGGGUGGCACCAAUGGAUAUGCUUAUUUAUUUAUUUACACAAAUCGUUUAUUUAUUUAUUUGCUUUCUAGUGAAUUUUUGAGUUUCACAUUACACAAUCACCAUAUUUUUUUUCCUCUUCAUCUUCUACUUUUGUGGUGGUUAGCAAGUCACUUCUUGUUGCAUUACUGCCACCAACUGGAGUUGAGUGGGAUUCUAAAUACUAUGUAUGUGAGUAUGAAAAAAUAUUAAUAGUAAUAUUAAUACUACACACCUGGGCUAGAAAACAAGGUGAAAUGUGCAUGCAACCACACACUAUUUUGGAGUUUACAACUCAAGCCUUUUGUCGACAAUGUACAGUCAAUUUAAACGGGAACUUAGUGGGGUGGCACCUGGGGUGGCCAAUCAGAUUCUAAGGGUGGCAUGUGCUACCCCAGGCCACUCCCUGGACACGCCCCUGUGAGAUACGCUGUUUAGUUUCCCCGAUGUGAAGAUUUGGACAGUCCUCUACGUUAGACUGCACAAACAACACCACUGGGCUUCUGUGUGGGUGGACCCGUUUAUGUCUGAGGGUGUUGCUGGGCUUUAGAUUACUGGGAUGCUCAAAGAAGAUUCUUCUAAGUUUUCUGAGACUCCUGCCACACAUGGGAUGAUGGUGCCUUUGCGCCUGUGGUGCGCGGUGGAAGAAGGAAAUCCUACAAACCUGUUUAACGUGGGAUUUGACCGACAUGUCAAAGGUAACACUGAGGUUCUUUUCUUUGUUCCCCACAGCUGAUUUAAUGUUGCUUCAGAUCAGGUGGUUGACUUUACUUUACAGAACACUUGUGACUGACUUUAGUCUAAGAAAGUCAAAAAGACACUUUCCUCUUGUGCACCCUGCCUUACAGCCGACUCCAGCAGCUGGCUGGUGGGAACAUCUCCAUGUCUUUUGCAGGAUUCAUGAUUUAAGUGUAGUCACACAUUUUACUCAGAACCAUUGAUAAAAGCCAUCUGGAUCUUUACAGCUCCAACUGAACUCAGACUAGCACUUUGUGAUAAUAAUAACUGUCAUUAUUAUUUAAUGCACUCUGUUUAGAUGGCCACGUGAAUGGAGUUAUGCUGGUGAAGGUUCACAGUCAUCCAGGGCAUGGUGGUCCAGUUUUGGAUGAAUGGAUGUGUUUCUUGCUCGUUUUAUGAUCUAGCUUCAAAUCUUUGAAGAUGACAAAGAGGGGCACUCGGAGUAGUUUCUGCUCAUUAAGCAACAACAGACAGCUACAGCCUAUAAGCCUGACUCCCAUAUUCCAGUCAGAACUGACAACGCUCCUCGGAGGAGAAGAGAACGUCUCCAAGAAACUAAAGAAGUCCAGCUGCCUCCAUUUGAACCUUCUGGAUUACAUGAGUGUAAUUCCAUAGCUACAAUAAAACAACCCAACAGUGUUUAUAAAGUCAACACCUUGUUUUUCAUGAAAAAAUGAGUCUUUAUGAAUGAGUGAAUCAACUCUGAGGUUCUCUGCUCCUCUGACGGAGCUAAAGGAGGAGGAGGAGGAGGAGGAGGAGCGGCUGGAUGGAUGCAGACUCCUGUUCUCUGGACCACGGAAGCCUUUAGGAACCGGAGGGGGAGGAGUCUGGAGCGGUGUGUCACCGGCACCGGGACCGGAGAACCUCGGACCCUGGAACACCUCACCGGCAGCGUCAGAUCCGUGCGGCGGCAGGAGGAGCUGCUCCGUUACCCGCGGCUUUAGGAGGAUUUAGGAGAUUUACCUCCACUGUUCACCUGUUCAGGAGGAGAGCGGCUCGGCUCGGCUCGGGGGAACCGAAGCGAGCCUGUAGAACGGAACGGCACGUUUCCAGAUGAACGAGAAGACGUUCAGAAGAAGACCUUCACCAAAUGGGUGAACUUACAGUUGUCCAAGACAGGAAAACCACCUGUGGAGGAUCUGUUCUUAGAUCUGUGUGAUGGACGACGGCUGCUGGAGUUGCUGGAGGGACUCUCAGGACAUCCACUGGUGAGAUUGGAGAAAGGGUUCACGCGUGUUCACUCGCUUAACAAUGUCAACCGUGCUCUGCAGAUCUUGCAGAAAAACAACGUGGACUUGGUGAAUAUCGGAGCAGCAGACAUCGUUGAUGGGAAUCACAAACUGAUUCUCGGGCUCAUCUGGAGCAUUAUUCUCCACUGGCAGGUGAAGGAUGUGAUGAAGGAUGUGAUGGCGGGCCUUCAGCAGACCAACAGUGAGAAGAUUCUGCUGAGCUGGGUUCGUCAGAACACACGUCGUUAUCCUGAGGUGAACGUGGUUAACUUCUCUGGUAGCUGGAAUGAUGGAUUGGCCUUCAACGCCCUCAUCCACAGCCACAGGCCCGAGCUGUUUGAUUGGAGCUCGGUGGAGAAGAAGACGUCAGCCAUCGACAGACUGGAACACGCCUUUAGUACGGCAGAACAACACCUGGGCAUACAGCGGCUGCUGGACCCAGAAGACGUGGCGGUGCCUCACCCUGACAAGAAGAGCGUCAUCAUGUACGUGACAUCGCUCUUCCAGGUGCUCCCCCAGACCGUUUCCAUGGAAGCCAUUGAGGAAGUUGAGUCGCUGCCACCGGCGUCAGGAAACACUCGUGUGAUGACCGAGGAGCACUAUCAGAUCCAGACCCAGCAGCGCUUCUCCCAGCAGAUCACGGUGAGUGUGGCUCAGGGCCGAGUGCGGAGCCCCUCCCCUCAGCCUCGCUAUAAAAGCUGUGCCUACACCCAGGCUGCAUAUGUCAAGUCGCCAGAGCAAAAGAGGAGGCGUUUUACUGAUCAGUUCCUGAGUCCGAGUCAGGAGGAGCUUCAGCGAGGCCUCAGUCCUCUACCUCCAGGUUCCAUCAGCCUGGAAAGCUACCAGGCUUCACUGGAAGAGGUACUGACAUGGCUGCUGUCGGCUGAGGAUGGUCUCCAGGCCCAGCCUCCAAUCUCCAACAAUGUGGAGGAUGUGAAGGAACAGUUCCAUACACAUGAGGGCUACAUGGUGGAGCUGACCACUCACCAGGGCAACGUAGGCCGUGUCCUCAGAGCUGGCGCUGCUCUGCUGGCAGAAGGAAAACUGAGUGAGGAGGAGGACUCAGAGGUCAGGGAGCAGAUGAACCUCCUGAACUCCCGCUGGGAGCACCUGAGAGUGGCGAGUAUGGAGAGACAGAGCAGACUCCAUGAGGUUCUGAUGGACCUUCAGAACCAGCAGCUCCAGCAGCUCACAGACUGGUUGGACAUAACAGAAGCACGCAUCAAGAGGAUUGGCUCCCAGCCACUUGGUCCUGAUCUGGAGGACAUAAAGCACCAAGUAGAGGAACAUAAGCUUCUCCAGGAGGACCUGGAGCUGGAGCAGGUGAGGGUGAACUCCCUGACCCACAUGGUGGUGGUGGUGGACGAAAGCACCGGAGACUGUGCCACAGCCGCCUUGGAGAGCAAACUCCAGGUUCUAGGAGACCGCUGGGCAGCUAUUUGCAGAUGGACAGAAGAACGCUGGAUUCUUCUUCAGGAGGUUCUGUUGAAAUGGCAGCACUUCACCAAAGAGCAGUGUUUGUUUGACUCCUGGUUGACUCAGAAGGAGGAGAUGGUCCGUUCCAUGAAGACCUCCAACAUCAAAGACCAGGCAGAGGUGUCUGCCUGCUUACGUCUGAUAGCUAUGUUGAAGGCAGAACUUGAGGCCAAGCAUCCCACCAUGGAUAAGCUGUGCUCCAUGAGCCAGGACCUGCUGUUCAGCAUCAAGAACAAAGAUAUAGCCAGCAAACUGGAGGCCAGACUGGACAGCUUUGCCCAGCGUUGGGACCGUUUGGUCCAUAGUCUGGAGAUAAACAGCUCUCAGCUUUCAUCAGCUGUCAGCGCGACUAAGCAGCCCGAGUUUACCCAGUCUGUCACAACGACCACUACCAAGGUGACGAGGGAGAAGGUGUCAGCGUUACGGCAGGCACGGGAGUCCCCACCACCACAGAAGAAGAGACAGGUGGUGGUGGAUUCUGAGCUCAGGAAAAGGUUUGACGUGGACUUCACAGAGGUCCACAGCUACAUGACCCGUGCGGAGGCCAUCCUACAGAGUCCGGAGUUCUCCGUGUCACGGAAGGACGGCAGCAUUCAGGAACUGCAUGACAAAGUUCAGGCCAUAGAGAGAGAGCGGCCAGAGAAGUACAGGAAGCUUCAGGAGGCGACGCGCACGGCUCAGACCCUCGCCGAGCAAGAGGGAAGUCGGGCUGAUGACAUUGCUCAGGCAGCAGACCAGCUAAAUCAGCGCUGGGUGGGUUUCUGCACCCUGCUGGCCGACAGACUGGCAUGGCUGGCCUACCAGACCAAGGUGCUGGCCUUCUACAGCUUGUUUGAGCAGUGUGAACAGGCUGUGGAAAGCAGCGAGAACUGGCUGAAAGUCCAGGCACCUCCCGCGUCUGAGUCAGAACCACUCAAAGUGCAACUGGACCGAUGUCGGGAGGAGGUGGCGCACCUGUCCGCCCUGCAGCCUCAGGUGGACCUCCUUGAGCAACGGCUGCAGGAGCUGAAGGAAGAGAAAGAAGGAGAGGAGGACCCUUCAGCCUUCCUCGAUGCUGACGUCACAGCCUUGAAAGAACAUUACAGCCGGGUCCUGGAGGACCUUCGAGCCCGAGAGAGGCAGCUCCAGCUGGUUCUGAAAAGCUUACCUCCAGCUCAAUAUAAGGAGACCCUAUCAGCGCUGUUGGCAUGGAUACAACAGUGUGAAGCCAAACUGUCCAUCCCAUCAACGGCUGUUACAGAGUAUCCUGUUAUGGAGCAGAGACUGAAGGAUCUUCAGGCUCUCCAGGAGUCUCUGGCUGAACACCAGGGGGAGGUCGACUACCUGACCUCUGCUGCCGAGCAGGUCUUCCAGAAAGCUCCACCUGACAUCAGUCAAAAGUAUCAUAUAGAGAUCGAUGGCAUCAUGGCCCGUUGGAAACGGCUGGGCUCCACCUUAACGGACAGCAGCCAGAGAAUCCAGGAGCUCAUGGCCAAACUGAUGCAGUUUGAGAAUGAUGUGAAGACGUUAAAGAAAUGGAUGGCUGAUGUGGAUGUCUUUCUGAAUGAGGAGUGGCCGGCUCUGGGAGACUCUGAAGCACUGGAGAAACAAUUAGAGCAGUGCACAGCACUGGGGAAUGACAUCCACACCAUUCAGCCCAGUGUCAACGGAAUCAACGAGGUGGGCCUUUACCUCAAGAAAGAGGCAGAACCACCAUUCGCCAUCCACAUCCAAAAGGAACUGGAUGAACUCAAUGCUCAGUGGGGGAACGUUUGCAAACAGGCCUACGCCAAGAAGUCAGCCCUCAAAGGGGGGCUUGAUAAGACCAUGGCCUUAAGGAAGGAGAUGCAGGAGAUGCAGGAAUGGAUAAACCAGGCUGAGGAGGAUUAUUUGGAGAGAGACUUCACAUACAAGACACCUGAAGAGCUACGGAAGGCUGUAGAGGAACUCAAGAGAGCCCAGGAGGAGGUCCAUUCCAAGGAGCUGAAGGUCAAACUGCUGACGGAAAGCGUGAACAGUUUCAUUGGCAAGGCCCCGCCCACUGCCCAUGAUGCUUUGCGCUUGGAGCUGGACGUGCUGACGGCUAACUACCAGCGUCUAUGUAGUCGUCUGGAUGGGAAAUGUAAAACUCUGGAGGAGGUUUGGGCAUGCUGGUGCGAGCUGCUGUCUUAUCUGGAACAGGAGAACGCCUUCCUGGACCAGCUGGAGCAGAAGCUGGAGGAAACCGAUAACUUGCAAGGAGGUACUAAGGAGCUUCAGGAAGCGCUGGAUAGUCUGGCAGUUCUUCUGCGGCACCCUGAAGACAACAGGAACCAGAUCCGGGAGCUGGCCCAGACACUGAUGGACGGGGGGGUUCUGGAUGAACUGAUUCAGCACAAACUGGAUUUGUUCAACACUCGAUGGGAGGAACUCAUGGCGAGGGCAACACUAAGGCAGAAGGAACUGGAGAAGAACAUACAGGAGGCGCAGGAGAAUGACAAGCUGCUCCAGCAAAUUCAGCAUGCGUUGGCCAACACGGAUCGCCACCUCACUUCCUACCUGUCAGACCACAUUGAUGCCCAGCAGAUCCCGCAGGAGGCUCAGAAAAUUCAGACAGAGCUGAGUGACCACGAAGCAUCUCUGGUAGACAUGAAGAAGAAGAUGGAGGACAAAGAGCCAUCCCAGAAGCUGGUGGGACAGCUGGAGCAGACACAGAAAAUGCUAGCAGACGUCUGGACCAAGUUCCGUCUCUUCCAGAAACCGGCCAACUUCGACUCUCGGCUGGCCGAGUGUGAGCGUGUGCUGCUGGGGGUCAAAAGUCAGGUGGGGUUACUGGACAUCCGUAGUGUGGAGCAGGAUGUGGUGCAGUCGCAGUUGGAGCAGUGCAUGAAGCUGUACAAGAUCCUGAGUGAGGUGAAGGGAGAGGUGGAGACGGUGAUUAAGACAGGCAGACAGGUGGUACAGAGGCAGCAGACAGAGCAACCCAGAGAGAUGGACGACAGGGUGACUGCCCUGAAACUGCUGUACAACGACCUGGGAUCACAGGUGACAGAAAGUAAACUGGAGCUGGAGAAAAGCUUGAAGCUAUCGAGGAAGUUGCGUAAGGAGUUGAACGGGCUGACGGAGUGGCUCGCCGCCACCGAUGCGGAGCUGACCAGGCGCUCUGCCGUGGAAGGCAUGCCCAGUGACCUGGAGUCGGAGGUGGCCUGGGCACAGUCCAUCCAUGGUGAGAUAGAGAGACAUCAGCCGCAGCUACAGGCAGUGGUGGACCUUGCAGAGGCCCUCAAAGCUGUCCUCAGGGGCAAUGGAGGGUUGGUGGAUGAUAAAGUCAGCCUGCUGCACUGCAACUGGAUUGCAGUCACAUCAAGAGCAGAGGAAUGGCUCAACCUGCUGCUGGACUACCAGCAGCAGAUGCAGAAGUUGGAUGAACAGAUAAAGGAGGUGAAUGGAUGGAUUGAUGGAGCGGAGGUAAAGAUGGAUGAGAUUGACACUCAGGGACCCGAUGACUCAGUGCUGAAGGUGUUGCGUGCGGAGCUGGAGCUGACCAAAGGGAAGAUGGAGGAGGUGAGGUCGUUGGCUCACGAGCUCAUGUCCACUCGGGGAGAAAACUGCCAGGCCCAGGUGGGACCCAGAGUGGAGCAGCUCGACAGCAGAUUUGAUACCAUUUCUCAGCGCAUCACAUCUGGACUGACGGCAGCAUCCUCCCGGGAACUGGAGCAGUACCACAAAGAAGUUAAGGUCUGGCUGGAGCUGCUGGAGGAGGAGGCCAGAGAAGGAGAAAAUCUGAAAGAGGAGGACUUCCAGGAGGAUAAGAACUGUGAGGAAGGUGCAGUGAAUGACUUAUUGCUGAAAGGAGAGAACCUGCAGAAGAGAGCUCCGGGCCCCGAUAAGAGAGAGCAGAUCAAACUGAAGCACAACCAGCUGAACAGCAAGUACAUCACAGUUAAGGACUUGCGCAUCCUGAGGAAUAGGAAGGCCCUGGCCAUCGCUCCCCAGUGGUACCAGUAUCGACGGAAGUCACAUGACCUGCUGGCCUGGUUGAACGACAUCCAGCGUAGUGUGGACACACUCCCUGACCCCCCUGAAGGAGAGAGGGUCAAGGAAAUUGGCUCUGAGUUCGACAAGAAGAAGGAGGAGCUUAAGGAGGUGCAGGGCUUAGCCAAUCAGCUCUCAGAAGCUGGAGCCGCCAAUCUAGUGGAGCCCCGCCAACUCCAUCUCAACACGCGCUGGGUUGAGGUGGAGGGCAAGUUCAUACCCUUCAAAAGACGAUGUGAGUACCUAACGGAGCUCCAGGCCUUGCUGCGGUCGGUGUCAGAGACGGACUUCAAGCUGAACUCUCCUGAGUUCUGGCCUGCAGCGUUUUAUAACCUGCCCCAGCAGGAUCACUGCCUGAAGGAGGUCAAGGGCAACAUUGACAAACUGGAGCGCCCAGUGGAAGGAGCAUUGGCCCACAGAGAGGAGAAGAUGUUGGGUGCUCAGCCUUUGGAAGGCCAGAGGAUCCAGGAGGCCUCCUCUCUCCUCAGUACCAACUGGGACAAGCUGAACAAGCUCUACAGGGACAGAGUCAGGCGUUGGCAGGAUUGCAGCUCCAAGUGGCAGAAGUUUGUUUCAGAGCAGCAGGCUCUGGAGGAGUGGCUGGAUGAUGCUGAGGGCUCUUUGAAGCAGGCUGAGAAGGAGCCAGCAGCACACAGACAACAUCUCAGGGACCUGGUGGAGGCCAUUCCACUACAGGAAGUGGUGUUGGGGAGACUGAACUCUGCAGGAGAGGACAUCAGCCAGAUGAGCACACCAGAUGAUGCCCUGCGCCUCAGAUCGCAUCUUAAAUUAUUAAACACUCGCUGGGCCAAUGCCUGCCAACAGCUCCAGGAGCGCAAGAGGAGGUCUGCCGAGGCCCGAACAGCAGCUGCACAGCUGGAGGAGGACAUGGGCUCCAUGCUGGGCUGGUUGGACAAAGCAGAGGGAGUCCUGGCCAUCCCUCUGCAGCCUCCAGAGCCACAGCACAUCAGAAACACUCUGAGCAAUGUCCAGGCAUGUGUGGAGGAGCUCCCUGCUAAGAAGGCAACAGUUGAAGACCUGAAUGUGACGCAGAAACGGAUAACUCUUCCUUCAGACAAACAGAAAGACAUCAGGAGCAUCAACACCCGCUGGUCUCAGGUGUCCAGGGCUCUGCCCGAGCGUCAGCUGGAGAUUGAAGGUCUGCUCAGGGAGCUUAUGAAGCUCCAGGGUCAGAUGGAAGGCCUUUCUGUCUGGGCGUCAAACACCAGAGCAAAGCUGGAGAACAGUCCAGAGGAGCCACCGGCCAGACUUAUAGAUGAAGUUCAAGCCAAGAAGCCUGAGGUGGAGUUUGUUUUGGAGAGAGCCGGUCAGCUGUUCAAGGAGAGCCCUGCUGGCCAAGCAGACAAGCUGACACUCAUGAGGCUGAGGGAUGACUGGACACGGAUCCUGGAGCUGCUCCAGCAACAUAAGGAGAGGAUGGCUGCUCUGCUUACUGCUAAAAAAGCCCAUGAAAAUCUGGCUGGAAGUUUGCAGCCUGAGUCUGCAGCAGUGGCUCAGUUCAACAAAUCCUGGGCUGAGCUCACUGACUGGCUGACCAUGCUGGACAACAUGGUGCAAAACAAGAAGGUGGUGGUGGCUGACCUGGAUGAUAUCAACGAAAACAUAAUCCAGCUCAAGGCAUCCCUGCAGGAGCUUGACCAGCGCCGCCCCCUGCUGGAAAAACAAGUCACAGCAGCUCAAAAUCUUAAAAACAAAACCAGCAACCAGGAGACCCGCAACGCCAUAACUGAACGCAUGGACAGGCUCCAGGCUCACUGGGAAGACUCUCAGACCAAACUGUCUGAUCGGCUGAAGCAGAUUCUCAACAUGCUGCAGGACUCCACCAACUGGCUGGAUGCCAAGAGAGAGGUGGACCGCCUCAUCAGACAGGCCAGUGAAAGGCUUGAGUCUUGGCAGGAGAUCACGUACACAGCAGACAUGCUGAAGAGGCAGGAUGCCGAUCUGAGGCUCUUCGUGAAGGACCUGAAGCAGUGGCAGGGACAGGUGGCUGAAACCAAAGCUCUGGCCAACAAGCUGCUAACUCUGUAUGCUAAUGACGACACACACAAAGUUACACAAGUCGACGACAGCAUGAUGGCCACGUGGAUGCACAUCAACAAACGUGUUUCAGACCGAGAAGCGGCAGUGGAGGCUGCUAUGAGGCUGCUUCAGCAGUUCCACAUGGAUCUGGAGCGGUUCCUCAGCUGGCUGACGGAGGCAGAGACCACCUGUAAUGUUUUAAUAAACGCCACCAACAAGGACAGGGUCCAGGAGCAGCCUGAGGCUGCCAGGAGGCUGCUGGCACAGUGGAAGGACCUGCAGGUGGAGGAGGACAGCCAUGAGGAGCUGUAUCAUUCCCUGGAUGAGAACGGCCAGAGGAUCCUGACCUCGCUGAAGGACCCUGAGGACAAAGUUCUGCUCCAGAGACGACUGGACAGCAUGAGACAGCGCUGGAACGACCUGCGCAGCAAGACGCUCAGCAUGAGGGCCCAUCUGGACUCGGAGAUGGCCCCGUGGAAGAGACUCCACAUGUCACUGCAAGAGCUGCUGAACUGGCUGAGGCUGAAGAGUCAGCAGCUGCAGCAGGAGAAGCCUGUAGGGGGCGACGUCCCCGCUGUGCAGAGACAACUGGACUCACACAGAGGAUUCAAGAUGGAGCUGAGAGCUAAAGACCCGGUAGUGAACAAAGCUGUGGACGAUGUGAGACAGUUUCUGUGUGAGCUGCCCAGAGAGACGCCUUCUCCUGAGCACAGAGAAAUCAGCCCAGAGGAGCGUGCUCAGAACGUGGGUCGAGUCCUGCGCAAGGAAGCGGAUGAUGUGAUGCACCAGUGGGAGCGUCUGAACGGCGACUCGGUGGACUGGCAGUCACAGCUGGAGUCGGCUCUGAGCAGGCUGGUGGAGCUGCAGAAGGCAGAAGAUCUGCUGGACACACAGCUGAGGCAGGCAGAGAUGGUGAAGCAGGCCUGGGAGCCGCUGGAGAACCUGCUGAUCGACGCUUUACCUGAACACAUCGACAGCGUCAAGGAUUUCCAGGAUGAAAUCGCUCUGAUUAAGGUUGAUGUGACACACAUGAACGAGCUGGCGUCCGCUUUUGACCUGAUCCACAUCCAGUUGUCACCUAGCAACCUGGAACGCAUCGAAGACCUCAACACGCGCUGGAGGCUACUUCAAGUUACCAUGGAUAUGAGGAAAAACAACUCAGGCAGAAACGGGCUGGAUGAGGUGGAUUCGAAGAUUUGUGUGGAAGAACAUCUGAAGGAGCUGACUGAUGCCCACAGGGACUAUGUCCUUGCUCAUGGAUCUGUAGAAAGCCCCUUUCAGCAAGGCGUGUCUCCUAACAGUGUGCCCUACUACAUCAACCACCAGACCCAGACGACAUGCUGGGACCAUCCCAAGAUGACGGAGCUUUACCAGUCUCUGGCUGACCUGAACAACGUUCGGUUCUCUGCCUACCGCACAGCCAUGAAGCUCCGGCGCCUGCAGAAAGCCCUCUGCCUUGACCUGCUGAGCAUGCCCGUAGCUUGUGAGGUGUUUGAGCAGCACAGCCUGAAGCAAAACGAGCAGCCGCUGGACAUCUCUCAGCUGGUGGGCUGUCUGACCAGCCUGUACCAGCGGCUGGAGCAGAACCACUCCCACCUGGUCAAUGUCCAAUUGAGCGUAGACAUGUGCCUCAACUGGCUGCUCAACGUCUACGACACGGGGCGCACAGGGAAGAUUCGCACCCUGUCCUUCAAAACUGGGAUCAUCUCACUCUGCAAGGCUCACCUGGAGGAUAAAUACAGAUUCCUGUUCCGGCAGGUUGCCAGCCCCACAGGCUUUUGUGACCAGCGCCGUUUGGGUCUUCUCCUCCACGACUCCAUCCAGAUCCCUCGGCAGCUAGGCGAGGUUGCGUCCUUCGGCGGCUCCAACAUCGAACCAUCCGUCCGCAGCUGCUUCCAGUUUGCCAAUAACAAACCUGAGUUGGAGGCUGCCAUGUUCCUGGAUUGGAUGCGUCUGGAGCCCCAGUCCAUGGUGUGGUUACCCGUCCUGCACCGUGUGGCAGCUGCAGAAACCGCCAAGCACCAAGCCAAGUGCAACAUCUGUAAGGAGUGUCCCAUCAUAGGCUUCAGAUAUCGGAGCCUGAAACAUUUCAACUAUGACAUUUGCCAAAGCUGCUUCUUCUCUGGUCGCGUUGCCAAGGGACACAAGAUGCAAUACCCCAUGGUUGAGUACUGCACUCCGACUACAUCGGGCGAGGAUGUCAGGGAUUUCGCCAAGGUGCUGAAGAACAAAUUCAGGACGAAGCGAUACUUCGCCAAACACCCACGCAUGGGCUACCUGCCAGUCCAAACCAUCCUGGAGGGAGACAACAUGGAAACUCCUGUAACUCUAAUCAACUUCUGGCCUGUAGACCAUGCGCCAUGCUCAUCCCCUCAGCUCUCACAUGAUGACACACACUCUCGGAUCGAGCACUACGCCAACCGGUUAGCUGAAAUGGAGAAUCGUAACGGCUCUUAUCUGAAUGACAGUAUCUCACCCAAUGAGAGCAUCGAUGACGAGCACAUGUUGAUCCAGCACUACUGCCAGUCUCUGAACCAAGGCUCUCCUCUCAGUCAGCCCCGCAGCCCCGCCCAGAUCCUCAUCUCCAUGGAAACGGAGGAGAAGGGAGAGCUGGAGAGGGUCCUCGGUGACCUGGAGCAGGAGAACAGGAAGCUACAAGCCGAGUAUGACCGGCUGAAAAAGGCCCACGACAGAAAAGGUCUGUCCCCGUUGCCUUCGCCUCCUGAGAUGCUUCCAGUGUCGCCACAGAGCGCACGAGAUGCCGAGCUCAUCGCCGAGGCCAAGCUUCUGCGGCAGCACAAAGGGCGUCUGGAGGCCCGCAUGCAGAUCCUGGAGGACCACAACAAACAGCUGGAGUCUCAGCUGCACAGACUGAGACAGCUGCUAGAGCAGACGGACUCCAAGGUGAAUGGCACUGCUCUGUCCUCCCCCUCCACCUCCUCCCAGCGCUCCGACUCCUCCCUGCCUCUUCUCCGUGUGGCUGCCAGCCAAACUACUGAUACUAUGGGUGAUGAUGAGCUUUCCAGCCCAUCCCAAGAUGCGUCUGGUCUGGAGGAAGUGAUGGAGCAGCUCAACAACACCUUUCCUCAUAGCCAGGGUCCCAGCAUCGGGAGUUUGUUCCACAUGGCCGAUGACCUGGGUCGUGCCAUGGAGUCCCUGGUCAGAACCAUGACAGACGAGCAGCAGGCCCCGCCCUUCUGAACCCCCCCUCCCCUGCAUAUCGCAUGCUUUUCUAGUCAAAACAACUGGAUUGGAAAGUGUUUACACAGAGAAUAUAAACGUCUAUUUUUGUGAAAGAUUGCAGUUCAAAUUAAACAAGUAAAAAAAUAGAUUUAGUAGUUUUCUUAAAACCCCUGAAGUUGUUUUACUGUCGAUGGAGGCUGGUUUCUAAACGUCUAUGCAAUUGUAUAAUACAGGGGGGGGGGGGGGGUACAGGUGUGUGUUCUCAUGGUUGGUUUUUUUUUGGGGGGGGGGGGGGUUGGAACAUAUCUUGUGUCAAACAUUUCUGAUCAUGAGGGUGUUUUUUAAGAAAGACAAUGACUCUCUGUGUCUGUGUGUGUGUAUGCGUGUGUGUGUGCAUGUGCUCGUGUCCGUGUGUGUGCGCAUGUGGGUAUGUGUGUAUGCGUGUGUGUGUGUAUGCAUGUGCUCACGCCCGUGUGUGUGUGUGCGUGUGUGUGUGUCUGUAUGCAUGGGUGUGUGUGUAUAUGCGUGCGCGUGUGUGUUAUGUGUUGUAAUGUCUCAUAUCUCAGUCAGAAGAGCGGGGGUGAAACACAGAAAAACUCAAAGACAAAAGUUUUAAAAUGUUUUGUUACAAGUUAAAAAAACAGAUUUUUCACAUUUGGAAAUGUUCUGAUGAAAUCUGACGUGUGUGUUAUAUUUUUCCUUCAUAGCUCAAAAGCGAACACUAUUGGGAUAAUGGGAGAGGACUAUUACGGCCAUCUUGUUUUCUCUGUUGAUGUUCUUCAGGCUCAAACCUCCAUUCUUUAAAAUGAGGUCAUAAUGUUUAGGAAAGUCUACAGUGGUAAAGUCAGCGCUACGAGUUGAACCGAAGAACCAGGUGGUGAUUUUAUUUGAAUGAAAAGAUUUAAACAAGGCAUUAUGGGUAUUUGUGUUUUAUUCUUAUUUUGGGUUUUUGUGUUUAACAUAAUCUUUAUUACUCAACAUUUCAUCUUUAGCAUCAAACAGAGUUUAAGCACGGUUAUUACUCUGAGAACGUUACAUUAUCCACAGAGUAUCACAGGUGUUGGUUUCCCGUCGCGUCAUGGGAAGUCCUCCCGGCUGAGUUAGUCCGUUUCCUGCUGUCGACUUUGUUCUGAGUGUGUGUGAAGAGAGGGUUUAACCCAAGUCUGGUUCAUGGUGAGGUCCUCUGAUGUUAACGUGUGUGAUGAAAUUAAAUUCAUCUUUAUUUUAGGAUCAGUUAUAACCAGAGUGAGCUGGGCUUGCCAUCAGCACUGCAGCAUCAUCCAAUCAGAUUUCAGGGUUUGAUUUCUAUUCUUUGUUCUCAGAUAACACGUCUGUACUUCACAACAUAUCAGACCAUCAAAUGUAUGCCUUACUACUGUACUAUAAGAUGCUUUACUGUAAACCAAUAAAGCAUGCAGUUAUGUCGA